AACAUGGACACAUCACCAGUCUUUAUGAGAAAACUUCCGAUUACACCAGGAUAUGGAGGGUACAUCCCUCUCCGGCUCAGCAGAAUGGGUGCUUCUUACAACAGGGACACCAGUUACUGUAUCAGAACAUUCAAUGAUGCAACUCAGAGAUACAAAAAUAAACUGGAGGAAUUGAGAUACAAAACAGCCACUGCUGACAAACUACAAAGAGUCUCUUCCAAGGAAACAGUUUUAAGGAUGAUACAUGAUUACUAUCUCCGCCAUCACCCAUCUCAGAUAGAACCUAUACCUAACAAGAAGCCUUUACAGGAGCCCCCCAUUCCUGGCUGGGUUGGCUAUAUGCCAAGAGCCAGGGUUACAGAACUUGGCUGUGCUGUGCGUUAUCAUGUGAUGGCAAAACAGAGCUAUGAAGAUUUCCUAAAUAUAACAGAAACACACAAGAAAGGUCCAUUCGAACGAUAUCAGAGACUGAUGGAAGAGGAGCCACUUAAAACUUUCCAUGUACCUCCUGAGAUUUGCCAAGGAAUUAAACCAAAAUAUCAAUAUGAAGAUUCCACUGGAAGACCCUGUAAAGGUGGUCAUGGUACCCCUUCCUCUUCAAUAUAUGCCUUUCCAACACUGUAUCGUGGACCCUGCAGACCUGGGAAAUACCUUGAACCACUCCCCUGCACAGGCUAA